AUGGCCAACGAAGGAAAUGCGGCAGAAUCGAUUGCCAAAAAGUUGGCACAAGUGAGUGUUUAUCAAUUCAAAUCACUUGAAUAAACGAGCCAUGUUCAGGAAGAAGAAUGGCUUCAAAGCUUCCAGAAAAACAUAACAAAAAGCUCCCAAAUUCGUCACGGAAUCGAGCAAGUUGUCGAUAAGUUUGAUCAACGGCUCAGUUCCCUCGAAAAGAAUGUUCUUCCCAUGCAUAUUUCCAACGGACAAUUACAAAAGAAGCAGCACAGUGAGAAGAACAUUCCAAACUAUUCCUAUAUGAAAUUGAACUUCCAGAUAUCCAGAGAUUGAUAAACACAAUCGAUGCGACACUUCAGUUUUACGGUAAAACAAAUACAGUAGAAAAUGCGAUCAGAGACGGAAAUCCCCUCGGAGAUCUGACAGCCUAUUUGGAGAACAUGGAAUGUCUUCAGCAAGCAAUUAACUUCUUCGAAACGCAUCCGAACUAUGCAAGCCAGACGGAAAAUAUGAAAAUGACACUUGAUACGGGAUACACAAUACUCGAAAAGGCUUACAAGUCGGUUCUCCAGAAAAACAGUGUCACGGUGGAGCCGAAACUGUUUGUUAGAGCUAACGAACAGGAAGAGAUGACGCCGCGAAUGAGCGAGAUCAAAAUAAUCAACGACGAAGAGGCGAUCAUAAAAAUAGGAGUUUGGCUUCUUAAACAACAUCGUGUUCACUUCCUGAGCCAUUAUUCUGACAUUCGAGGAGCACAGCUUCUGAAGAACAUCAAGAACAUUGCAGAGGCUCAGAAGACGUUCCAAAUGGCGUCGAGAAGUAAAUUGUACGUUUAAACAAUUCAGAAUUGUUCAAAUAUAACUAUUAAUCAGAUCUACCGUUCGUAAACCAGUCCAGCGAAACGAAAAGGUUGAAGCUCUGAUUGAAGUAGACGCGUGCCACGUCAUGUGCUCCACGCUGCUCACUUUGCUCGAAUUGGAAGAGAAACUGAUGGUUAAAGCGAUUCCGGACACUUCGAGAAGAGCCCAAGUGUUCCGAGAGCUCGUCUCUCGCCCUCUCGCUCACGCAGUCCUUCAAACACAAAAGAUCGUCAACGAACGGGACAUCGGAAUAGUCCCACUUCUCCCUCUUCUUCAUCUUCUUUCGCAGAACUACGCACGGUUUCAUAAUCUGGCCACGGUCAGUGUGAGCUAUAAAAAAAGUGACAAAAUAAAAUGAAGAGUGGAUUCAGAAUAGUAUUGGCGACGUUCAAUUCGAUUCGUUGAUGCGUCAACUGCAAGUGAAAUGCUCUUCUUAUGUGAACGAGGCCAUCGAGAAUUUGAACGAGGACACGACGAAGUUUGUGCCUCCGGAUGGGAAUGUUCAUCCUACCACUGCAUCUGUAAGCCAUCUUUCGGCAUUCUCAUCUUUCACUAUCCGAUCUUCAGACUCUGAACUUCCUCUCCAGUCUCACAGUUCAUCGGGUGACAGUCACCCAACAAGUACUCGCUCUCACGGCGCCACAAGGCCAGAACACCAAUCUCCUGCUGCCGAAAUUGUUCGGUAAUCUACUCUCUCGACCGCCCAUCUCUUCAUCACGUCUGUUUCAGCGAGAAUAUUGUCCGCUCUUGGAAGUAUGCUAAAAAAGAAGGCCAAUCUGUAUGAUGACCCAACCCUGGCCACCAUCUUCCUUCUCAACAACUACAACUACAUCGCAAAGACGUUGGCCGAUGAGCAGGAUGGCCUUUUGCCCGCUAUAACCGAGAUGAACACGAACAUUCUGUCUUUUUAUCGCGAGGAGAUUGCCACGUGUACAAACGAAUAUCUGAAGAGUUGGAAUGGAAUUGCGACAGUUCUGAAGUCUGUGGAUCGGAUCGGAGAGGAUAAACAGAUGGCCAAGCAGAUUAUGAAUGUAAAUUGGAUCUUUUAAAUCAAAAUAUAGUUAUUUUUCAGACAUUCGUCCGAGACUUUGAUCAAGUUCUCGCUCAACAAACUGACUACUGCAUCUCGGAUCCGAGCAUCUCAGCGAACGUGCAAUCCCAAGUGAAGGGACGGAUCUGGAAGAACUAUUCGAUGCUUCUGGACGCUUGUCAACGGCUGCACGUCUUCCCGCAAGGCAUCAAAUACACGGAAAACACAUUUGACAUGGCCAUUCGCAAUCUUUUCUCUUCUGCGAGAAUCAACUAG